GAGAGAGAGAGACAGGUAGUCAGACAGACAGACAGACAGACAGACAGACAGACUCACUGUGUCGAUAUUUACUGGAAUAAUAUUGGAAUAAACAACAGAAGGAGGCGGUUGCUAGGUGACAUUGCUGCAUGAUGAGAGGAUGGCGCCUACAUUGCCCCCUGUUGGUUCAGAGGUGUUCAGACGCUUCACGCCAGCCUCACUAGAGGAAAGCCAACGCCGAUAUGAAGUUGAGGAGAAAGAGCGACAGAGGAGGAAGGAGAAGAACAUAGAGAUAGCAGAGGAAGACCUUCCUAAACCAGCCAGUGACCUGGAGGCCGGGAAGCCCGUCCCAUUCAUCUAUGGAGACCCACCCCCUGAACUUCUCAACACCCCAUUGGAGGAGCUGGAUCCCUUCUACCAAUCACAGAAGACCUUCAUCGUGCUCAGUAAAGGAAACGUCAUCUACAGGUUUAACGCUGAACCAUCCUGUUACCUGCUGAGUCCGUUCAACCCUCUGAGGAUUGUUGCCAUCAGGAUCCUCAUCCACUCUUUAUUCAGUUUGUUCAUCAUGGUGACAAUUCUGACCAACUGUGUGUUCAUGACAAUGAGUGAUCCUCCAGCAUGGAGCAAGACCGUGGAAUAUGUGUUUACAUUCAUCUACACAUUUGAAGCAACAGUCAAAGUUCUGUCCAGAGGAUUCUGCAUCGGAGGGUUCACCUUCCUCAAAGAUCCCUGGAACUGGCUGGACUUCAUGGUCAUCAGCAUGGCGUACCUGACAGAGUUCGUAGAUUUGGGAAACGUUUCUGUGUUGAGGACGUUCAGAGUUCUUCGGGCUCUGAAGACCAUCACAGUCAUUCCUGGUCUGAAGACAAUUGUUGGAGCUCUCAUCCAAUCAGUGAAGAAGCUGGCUGAUGUCAUGAUCCUGACAGUAUUUUGCCUCAGUGUCUUCGCUCUGAUUGGUCUGCAGCUCUUCAUGGGAAACCUGCGGCAAAAAUGUGUCUGGAUGCCACCACAUCUGCUUAGCAACUACACGUCUGACACUGGUUACAAUGGCAAUGACACCCAUGGCAAUGAUACGGGAAACAGUGACUUUGAUUUCUAUGAGCACAUCAACGACCCAGAAAACUACUACUACCUUCCUGGUCAUCUUGAUGCUCUGUUGUGUGGAAACAGUUCUGAUGCCGGGGUCUGUCCUGAGGGUUAUGUCUGUCUGAAGGCUGGUCGAAACCCGAACUACGGCUACACCAGCUACGACUCUUUUGGCUGGGCAUUCCUGGCUCUGUUCAGACUGAUGACCCAGGACUUCUGGGAAAACCUCUUCCAGCUGACGCUGCGAGCCGCAGGUAAAACCUACAUGAUCUUCUUUGUGGUUGUCAUCUUCCUCGGCUCGUUCUACCUCAUUAACCUCAUCCUGGCUGUGGUCGCCAUGGCGUAUGCUGAGCAGAAUGCAGCCACCAUGGCUGAGGCCAAACAGAAGGAGGAAGAGUAUGCUCAGAUCCUGGAGGCGCUGAAGGAGAGAGAAGAGAAGCAGGCGGCCUGCAGGGCGGAGCUCUUAGAGAAACAAGAUUCAGCACCACAGAAGAAGAAUUCAUUUGAAGAAAAGGACCACGAGCAAGAACACACUGCCAUGGGAGACUUCGAGGAUGACCAGAGGCCAUGUCCUCCUUGUUGGUAUGUCUUCGCCAACAUCUUCCUCAAGUGGAACUGUUGUGCCUGUUGGUGUUCGGUCAAAAAGUGUCUCUACACCAUCGUCAUGGACCCCUUUUUGGACCUCGGCAUCACCAUCUGCAUUGUCCUCAACACCGUCUUCAUGGCCAUGGAGCACUAUCCAAUGACGGAGGAGUUCGAGGAGCUUCUGAGUGUCGGAAACCUGGUGUUCACAGGGAUCUUCACAGCUGAGAUGGUCCUCAAACUUCUCGCCAUGGACCCGUAUUUCUACUUCCAGGUGGGUUGGAACAUCUUUGACAGCAUCAUUGUUACAAUGAGUCUGGUGGAGCUGGGAUUGGCUGAUGUUAAGGGCCUAUCUGUGCUGCGCUCCUUCCGAUUGAUGCGAGUCUUUAAGCUGGCCAAAUCAUGGCCGACUCUAAACAUGUUGAUAAAGAUCAUUGGGAACUCAGUGGGGGCUCUGGGGAACCUCACUCUGGUUCUGGCCAUCAUCGUGUUCAUCUUUGCAGUCGUCGGUAUGCAGCUGUUUGGAAAGAACUACAAAGACUGCGUCUGUCGCAUCGCGCUCGACUGCGAACUUCCUCGCUGGCACAUGUACGACUUCUUCCAUGCCUUCCUCAUCAUCUUCAGGGUUCUGUGUGGAGAGUGGAUCGAGACCAUGUGGGACUGCAUGGAGGUUUCAGGUCAAGCCAUGUGCCUGAUCGUCUUCAUGAUGGUUCUUGUUAUUGGAAACCUUGUGGUCUUGAAUUUGUUCCUGGCCUUGUUGCUGAGCUCGUUCAGUGGUGAUAAUCUUGCAGUUACAGAAGAUGAAGGAGAAAACAACUUGCAGAUCGCCAUAAACCGGAUCAAUAGGGCUGUGGCCUGGACCAAAGCUUGGAUCCUGGAACAUGUCCAGACUUUAAUGGGAAAGAAGAGUCACAUUAACCCAGACCACACUGCAGUAAACACUGAGGAAGAUGACAGAACAACAAAAGAGUGUUUGGCUUUGACCUUCAUGACCUUGGACCAGUCAGCUUCAGAGGUUGAGCCCCAUCAUUGUAGCCAUGACAACUGGACCAGCAGCUACCACAAUAUCGCAUCCCUGAGGGUCCCUAUUGCAGAGGCCGAGUCUGACUGUGAGACGCCUGACGAUGAUAAUAACGAUGAUGAUGAUGAUGAAAAGGAGGAAGAGGAGGAAGAAGAAAAGCUCUCCCAAGGUGACGAGUCGUCAGCCUGCAGCACCGUGCAGAAACCUCCUGAAGUUCAGGACAUUGAGGACGAUGAAGAUGAUAAUGCAAACACACCGGAGGACUGCUUGACUGACAAGUGUUACCAGCGCUGUCCUUUCCUGGACAUAGACACAUCCCAGGGCAGAGGGAAGGUCUGGUCUAAUUUCAGGAGAACCUGUUUCUCCAUCGUAGAACAUAACUACUUUGAGAGCUUCAUCAUCUUAAUGAUCCUGAUGAGCAGUGGUGCUCUGGCCUUUGAGGACAUUUACCUGGAGCAACGUCGGGCCAUUAAGACAAUUCUGGAGUAUGCAGACCAGGUGUUUACCUACGUGUUCGUGGUGGAGAUGAUUCUCAAGUGGGUCGCCUACGGAUUCAAGACUUACUUUACCAAUGCCUGGUGCUGGCUUGACUUCCUCAUUGUGGAUGUGUCUCUGGUGUCUUUGACAGCAAACAUCUUGGGAUACUCUGAGCUGGGACCCAUCAAGUCUCUGAGGACUCUGAGGGCUCUGAGGCCCCUGAGAGCCCUGUCUCGCUUUGAGGGCAUGAGGGUGGUGGUGAACGCCCUGGUUGGAGCGAUCCCAUCCAUCUUUAACGUGCUGCUCGUCUGUCUCAUCUUCUGGUUGAUCUUUAGCAUCAUGGGCGUAAAUCUGUUUGCAGGAAAGUUUUAUUUCUGUUUUAACGUGACGUCUGAGGAAACAUUCCUCUCUGAACUCGUCGACAACAAGACCGAAUGUUUCGCUCUGAUGAAGGAUAACCUUACUGAUGUCCGCUGGAAGAAUGUUAAAGUCAACUACGACAACGUAGGGAUGGGAUACCUGUCUCUGCUGCAAGUGGCCACUUUUAAAGGCUGGAUGGACAUUAUGUACGCUGCCGUCGACUCCAGAGAUGUGGAGUCCCAGCCAAUGUAUGAAGCCAAUCUGUACAUGUACCUUUACUUCGUCUGCUUCAUCAUCUUCGGCUCCUUCUUCACACUCAACCUAUUCAUCGGAGUUAUUAUCGACAACUUCAACCAGCAGAAGGCAAAGAUGGGAGGAACAGAUAUCUUUAUGACUGAGGAGCAGAAGAAAUAUUACAACGCCAUGAAGAAACUGGGCUCCAAGAAACCUCAGAAACCUGUUCCACGACCUGAGAAUCAGUUCCAGGGUCUGGUCUUUGACCUGGUGACUAAACAGUUUUUCGACAUCUUCAUCAUGGUGUUGAUUUGCCUCAACAUGGUGACCAUGAUGGUGGAGACAGAUGAGCAGAGCGCGGAGAAAGAGCUGAUCCUGUACUGGGUCAAUGUUGUCUUCAUUGUCAUUUUCACCACGGAGUGCACGCUGAAGGUCAUCGCACUCCGCCAGCAUUAUUUUGCUGUUGGCUGGAAUAUCUUUGACUUUGUGGUCGUUAUCCUGUCCAUCGUAGGCCUCCUCCUUGCUGACAUCAUUGAGAAGUACUUCGUCUCACCCACGCUCUUUCGUGUGAUCCGAUUGGCUCGUAUUGGCCGAGUCCUUCGCCUGAUUCGUGGAGCCAAGGGGAUCCGGACACUGCUGUUUGCCCUGAUGAUGUCACUUCCUGCCCUAUUCAACAUCGGCCUCCUCCUCUUCCUCAUCAUGUUUAUCUUCUCCAUCUUUGGCAUGUCUAACUUUGCCUACGUAAAGAAGGAGUCCAUGAUCGAUGACAUGUUUAACUUCGAGACAUUCGGGAACAGCAUGAUCUGUUUAUUUAUGAUCACCACGUCAGCCGGAUGGGACGGUCUGCUGAAUCCCAUCAUGAACACGCCACCAGACUGCGACCCUGACAUGGAGAACCCAGGAACCACAGUCAGUGGGAACUGUGGCAGCCCGGCACUGGGCAUCGUCUUUUUCACCACCUACAUCAUCAUGUCCUUCCUGGUGGUGGUUAACAUGUACAUCGCUAUCAUCCUGGAGAACUUCAACGUGGCCACAGAGGAGAGCAGUGACCCUCUGUGUGAGGAUGACUUUGAGAUGUUUUAUGAAACCUGGGAGAAGUUUGACCCAGACGCUUCACAAUUUAUACAAUACAGUAAACUGUCAGACUUCUGUGACACUCUGAAGGAUCCUCUGAGGAUUUCCAAACCAAACACCAUCAAACUGAUCCAAAUGGAUCUGCCUUUGGUUCCUGGAGACAGGAUACACUGUUUGGACAUCCUGCUCGCACUCACGGCACAGGUUUUGGGAGAUUCAGGAGAAAUGGAUGCUCUCAAAGCCAGCAUGGAAGAGAAGUUCAUGGCCAACAACCCCUCCAAGGUGUCAUAUGAGCCGAUCAGCAGCACUCUGCGGAGGAAACAGGAAGAGGUGGCAGCAACAGUGAUCCAAAGAGCAUACAGGAAACACCUCCUGCAGCGAACCGUCAAACUGGCGUCCUACAAAUACAGAGAGAAAACAGGAAGGCAAGAUGAGGAUGUGGAGUUGCCCCCAGAGACAGAAGGACUUCUCUGUAAACGAAUCAGUCAACUGUACGGAAAUGGUGUGAAGACAGAGGAGCCCGGGGAUCCUCCUGGCCCUGGAGGUGAUCCUGCAUCAUUGGCUGGGGAUCCUCCCGCCCGAGUGGAGCUUCAGAGUGAAUUUCUCCUGCAUACUGCUCCUCCUCAAAAUGCUCCUGACUUCCUGCGAGAUGAGAACCUGAGGGAGUCUACUGUCUGAUGGCAUGGAUGUUCUUCCUGUUGUCCUGUGUACCUGUGGUGUUUCCUGUCAGAAGACUCACCUGUUCUGUAAAGACUUGGCAGCAUUCACCAGUUUGAUGAGUGAACACUGUGACCGUCCAUCAGUUCUGUGUUCCUUCUGGCUUUGAAAAUGUUUUAUGACUGUGUCACUUCUGUUUGUGUUGAGGUAUUCUAGGAGUUUUUCAUCUUCUGACACAUGAACAUAGUUUAACUGUUUAUCCAGGUUAUUAGUGACAAUUAUUGCGUUAAUCUGUGAUUGGACACCAUUAGCCCAGGUGAUUGUUAUCUGUUCGCAUGCUGAUCACCUCAUAGGUCUGACUGGUUCUGCUUUGACCAGGAAAGUGUUUGAUGAACAUUUAAGAUCACCAAUCAUGUGCUGUUAUGAAUCUGACACAAACUAACCACUCAAACAAUAAAGUUUUUUUUAAAACAGA